AUGUCUGAGAUUGACUAUGAGAAGUUAGCUGAAAUAGAACUGCAGAAAGAUGAAGCGGAAGAUACGUGGUCAGAACAGGAAGAAACAUUUAUGCCUCCACCACUUGAGGAUCCUGAGCUAAAUAUCAAUCACCCUUACUAUGAUGUUGCAAGACAUGGCAUCAUCCAGUUAGCAGGUGAUGACAAUUCUGGAAGGAAGGUGAUUACCUUCAGUUGCUGCCGUAUGCCCCCCUCGCAUCAGCUCAAUCACACCAGGUUGUUGGAGUACUUAAAGUAUACUCUGGACCAGUAUGUAGAGAAUGAUUAUACGGUUGUCUACUUUCACUAUGGCCUGAAGAGUCUAAAUAAACCAUCUCUGAAAUGGUUACAAACAGCCUACAAAGAAUUUGACAGGAAGUAUAAGAAAAACCUUAAAGCACUCUACGUUGUACAUCCAACCAACUUCAUAAAAAUUCUGUGGAAUAUCUUUAAACCUCUUAUAAGCCAUAAGUUUGGGAAAAAAAUCACCUACUUGAACUAUUUGAGUGACCUGAGAGAGCAUCUCAAAUAUGACCAGCUAAACAUCCCUCAAGAAGUCAUCCG